AUGGAAUGCUUUCAUGCUUUGUUGCACUGGCCAGCCUUACCCACAAUUUUCUGGUUCAGCUUUCUUUCUUGUUUACUAUUUCUUUUCAUCAAGAGUCAUAGAAAGGCAGACCUGGAUUCUGUUUCUGAGGAAUUGCCAGAGCCAGACUGCUAUCCAACAGUUGAACCUUUGCCAAAUUUCGAAUGGAGAAAUGUGGAGCCAGUCAGGAUUCGGCCUUUCAAGCCGAAAUACAACCUCACAAUGAGAGAGAUAGAAGAGAGACGAGCCUUUACUAACAAGCUCAUGUCAAUUCUAGGUAUUCAAGAAAGUACUGUCAGCGAGUUAAUCGAAAUCGACAAGAAUUACCUCGACCGCAUCGCAUUGCGCAAGAAGAUCAUGGCACAGUACCCGGAUAAUGUACUUGCUGCAGAAGAGCCGGUAAAGAAAGCCGUCGAUGAAUUCUAUACCUGGCUUGUCGGCACUUACCUCCCAUCACGGUAUCCUCGGACGUUUCAAUUAAGAUGCAGUGAGAAGGGAUCAGAGCAUCUAUAUAACUUGGCUACAAAUAAGAAGGUCCAGCUUUUGCCUUCGAAUGAUCCAAAAGAUACAUUGAAAAUACUCGGUGGUCUUGUUGAGGAUGACUUUCUUUUCCUGCUGCCAUCUGAGGAUGGUGAUGGCUAUACACUCAAAGGCUUUGUGACUUGUUUUCCGAAUGGCUUCGAUACAGCUAAAAAGUUGAACUUGAAACUAAGGGAUAUCCAUAAGCCGGUGCCACACUAUAAGGAAAACCUUGAAAAGAGUAUGGAUCGAUAUUUUGCGAAGUUGAAGGUGGGAAAAGUUGUGAAGCGUGCAAAUUUCAUGGACUUGACAGACUCUUCGAAGUAUUCAGUAGCAACUGGCAACCACUUAUAUGAGGGCGAGGAGAUUCCUGAAGAGAAUUUUGACAUUGAUAAGAUGCGUCUCCGCGUUGAGAGGCAAUGCCUGCAUCGUUUACCUCAGAGCAAAUCAUUGCUCUUCUCUUUCAAAACUUUGCUUUACACUAUUCCGGAAAUCAAGGCGGAAGGACUUGGAGAAAGUCUUGUAGGUGCUAUUGAUGGACUAAGAGAGGGAAAUUCCCCUGGUUUUCACCUCUACAAGCGAGCUGCUGUCUGGGGAGAUUUCGUGAAGGAAUACCUCCGCUCCUGA